AUGGUCAUCGCCAAACUGCGGCCUCUUCCCUUCCAGUACCGGUGGUCGGUGUGGCAUUCCAAACCCGACGACACAGCCGAGUAUUUGUUGCGAACGCUCGUCGAGAACGUCGCCGACAUUGGAGCCUUCUACCGCAUUUUCAACAACGUGCCCUGGACCGAGAUCAGGCAGAAGGACAGCAUCCAUAUCUUCCGCGCCGGCGUGAAACCGCUGUGGGAAGACGCCGAGAACCAAUACGGUGGACGUUGGUUGAUUCGCGUGCGUCCCGAGAAUGGGAAUGAUCGAGCCAUCAGAGUGUGGGAAGAGGUCUGCAUUCUUUGCUGUGGUGGAGAAUUGCAAGCCGCCAUCGCCCAAGAGCACGAUCAUAUCCUGGGGAUGUCUUUCUCGCCCAGAUUGUACUUCACCCAUAUUUCCAUCUGGACGAAACAAGGCGACAACCUGCGCAGUGUUUUGUUGUUGGAGCGUGCAAUCGUCCAAGGCCUGUCUCCUGAUCUUAGACCCCGAUCGAACGCCGAGUUCAAUUUCCGCAAACACUCGGAUAAGACCAUCUCAAACUCUCGUUUGCAAAGUCACAAUCAGCAGAACCAUCUGCCAAUGCUGUUGCCGUUGCCACCGCCGCCUUUGCCGAGUAUCAUGGCUCGACCAGCGCCCAUGCGAGCGUUUACAGCCACUUGA